ACUGCGUAGUUUCACAACUUGCACUGAGCAGAAAUUUCGAUUCGCUCCUGUCAUUUGUGUUUACUAAAAAUCAGCUGGCUUAAUGGCUUUCGUUGGAAUAUUUCCUAAUCGAAUACUUUAAACGUGGCGUGUCAUUUAUCAGUGCAUUGAUUUUUCUAACAAGUCAGUUGUGAUAGUGAUUCGAAAUCUUGAGAAUUGUAGUAAAACGGCAAAAAUGUCGGAUAUAAAGAGCCUGGAACAUCCAACGCUAAAGGUUCCAUAUGAACUACUGAAUAAAAAAUUUCGAUCGGCACAAAAAACUCUCGAUCGGGAAGUGUCUCAUGUGCAGUCGGCAGCAAACGAGCUAGAAAAGGGUCUAACCGAGAAUGCAGCCGGGGUGCCAACCGGGGAAAUUACUCGUCUCCUGGGGGGCGUUGUGGCGAGACUUCAGGUUCUAAAACGUAAAGCUGAAGAGUCGAUAGCCGAAGAAUUGCAGGCCGGAAUGGUUUGCAAAAGGCGAUUGGAUCACUUGAAAGAACACGCUAAUACAUCUCCGAGUGCUGUUAACCAAUGGCGAAGGCAGAGGUUGGAUCGAAUGCUGGUCGAGUAUUUCCUUCGAAAAGGAUAUUACAAGACAGCUAUGCAAUUGGCUGAUGCGAGUGAUCUCAGAGAUCUCACCAAUAUAGAUGUGUUCAUGGUCUCAAAGGAAGUGGAAAACUCCCUCGCAAAUCAUGAAACAGCACGAUGUCUGGGUUGGUGUCACGACAACCGCUCCAAGCUGCGAAAAUUGGGGAGCACCAUGGAAUUUAAUUUGCGGGUUCAAGAAUUCAUAGAAUUAGUUCGUGCGGACCGUAGACUCGAUGCCGUUAAACACGCCAGAAAGUGUUUUUCAAACUACGACGACUAUCAGCUUCAGGAAAUCCAAUGUUGCAUGGGACAGUUGGCCUUUCCAGCGAAUCCUUACAACAGUCCCUACAAAGAUCUUUUGGAUGAGAAGCGGUGGGACAGACUCAUUGAACAAUUUCGACAUGAGAACUACAGGCUCUUUCAGCUUGCUAGUCAGAGUGUCUUUACAGUAGCACUUCAGGCCGGAUUGUCCGCUCUGAAAACUCCACAGUGUUAUGGAGGCAAUAAAGAGGGACGUAAUCCUAGUUGUCCAGUUUGCAAUGAGGCGCUUAAUGAACUCGCUAAUCCUCUACCUUUUGCUCAUUGUUCGCAAUCUAGACUCGUGUGCAGCAUAAGUGGAACACCUCUUAACGAGCAUAAUCAGCCGAUGAUGAUGCCGAACGGCUAUGUUUAUGGGGAACAAGCCCUGGAAAAAAUGGCUCAAGAGAACAACGGAACUGUAAUUUGUCCAAAGACGAAAGAAGCAUUUCCCUACAAAAAAAUCGAAAAAGUUUACGUUAUGUAAGGUAGUUACCUCGGACCACAAAAUGUAUUAUAAUGUUACUCUUAUCUAUAAUGUUUCUCUUAUCUAUAAUGUCCUUUAAUUUAAUAGUAUGUUUAAUCAACCCGUAAAUAAAAUAUAUUUUCAAUCAAA